AAUAGAAGAGCUUUUGACGAUCAGCAUCACGUAUUGCGGUGUAACCCAUCGGUAUAUUAUAGUGUAAAGUUAUCCUCCUGAAACGAAAUAACAGCCAAAUAGCAUAAUUGUUUAUAUGGGUUGUCGCAUUUCGUCUUCAAACAAUGAAAGCCUGUUCACACCGACAGAAGAUAGUGCAAUGCCUACUACAAGCCACCAACCGAAUGUGGAUUACAAAGCGCGUCUAGAACGGAAGCAGUGCCUGGCGAAAGAAACUCCAGAACUAAUUUACGAACUGGAAGAUUGCAAUCUCAAAGAUGUGCCCGCCGGAGUGUUCGUUAUGUGCAAGGUUCUGCGGAAGGAAGCCCUUACGUUGGCCAGGAAUAAAUUAUCCACUUUGGUUGGCGGUGGUUCGUUGGAAGACUUAGCUUUACUGCAAUCUUUAAAUCUGUCGUACAAUCGAUUUAAAAAGCUGCCGGAAGACAUAUACAAACUUGAAAACCUCAGGGAAUUAUUUUUAAUGAACAACGCCUUGGAGAAACUACCGGCAACGAUAGGACGACUGAAAAAGCUGGAGUUGCUCAAUCUUUCAGCUAAUAAUCUAGCGACCGUGGAACAGAUAGCGUUCAUGACCAAUCUUAGAGUGCUGGACAUUAGCGAAAAUGUGCGUCUUUCUCAGCUGCCCAACCAGCUGGCAACGUGUGAUAAUCUCGUAGAUAUUAUACUCGAUCCGGAGCGCAUACAAACCCCACCGCCAGAUGUAGUGGCCGGUGGAACAUACGCCAUUAUUAGGUAUCUUUCUACUGGCGAAAUGGAAUUGAAUCCAUCCGGGACAGCAAGCGUAGAUGGUGCCGUUGCAAAUCGGGAUCGUCAAAAGGCGAUGACGUCUGCUUUCCUCAGUAGCGAACGCACAGAACAGUGUCAACAGGAAUUGGCUCGGGAUCGAUACGAAAAGGAGCGAAAGCUGCUCGAGCAAGAACGGCUAGCGUUUGAAAAGGGCUUGUUGACCGAGAACAAACUGCACGAGCAACAACAACAAAAGAAACAGGUACUGCUGCAGCAGCUGCUCGAACAGCAGAACCACAAUGACACACAGGUGCACAAGCUUCAGCAAGAGAAGCAAUCGGAAAGGGAGCGGCUUAUAGACAACAUUAUUAAAGACGAACAAAAAUCAAACGAACUGGUUAAUAAUCUACUUUCCCUGAAAAAUGGACCGGAUCCUGCUUUCCUAGAGCAAGAACGAGAAGAACAAAAGCGCCUUCUCGAACAUUUGCACAUCCAGCAGAACGAUUUGCGUAAACAAGAGAUCCUCGGGGCUAUGACCAAUCUGCUCGAGAACGAAAUCAAUGUUAUUCAAAAUUUCCACAACCAACGUGAUCAGUCUUCGCGCAGUAUCUUGGAACGCGAGUACGAGACAAACAAUUUGCUGAACAAUGUCUUUCUUAAUUAUGACAAAAAUCGACAAGACGUUAUCGAUCAGAUAACGUUCAAUGAAGACAUUCAAAAGAGCGCAGUAGCCGCCCUGAUAUCUCGGAACGAUUCGCGCACCUGGGGCUUGGUGGAACAAGUGCGAAUUGUGGAAUCCCAAUUGGCUGCUCUUACAGUGUACGAGAUCGAACGAAAAAAAGUUAAUCAAGACGAUCAAAUAAUUAACUUGACCGAUCAACGUAUCAAUCUAACCUAUGUACUCACGGAUUUGCUCAAGCAGCAAGACCAACGAAAACAACAGCUGUUGGACACGCUUAAGAUAAUCGAGAAACAAAAAGAAAACGAACAAACUGAUUUCUGGCUGCUUCAGUACCAACGACUCCUCGAUCGACAGCCUGCGGAAGUUUCCAAUGAUACGGCUUCAAUAGAUCCUGUGCUAGGCUAUCAGUUUUUGAUGAACGGAGUGGUGCACUGUUUGCCAUUUUUAUCUAAAAUAUGGCAAAAUAAAGAAAAGGAAUUGUGCAACGUUACCGAUGAAGAUUUACUUGUGGCCGGCGUUCAAAACCCUACAGAUCGAGAAGGAAUUCUGCAUUCCAUUGCGAACUAUUAUGACUAUUUGAACUGCAAGAUCGACUAUCCAGAAACAGAAUCGGUUGCCAUUACACCAGUAGCAACUGCUCCGUUGGAUCAUAGUCAUCAAUACGAUACGAACAGUAGCUUAGCGGUGGAGAUUGGACAGGAAGCUGGACCACCACCACCGGCCAGUGCGCCGCAAGGAUCAUCUGGAGCGGCUAGAAUACUUGCCGAAUCUAAUGAAUCGUCUAGCAGCGUUAGUGGGACAGUUGCACAGUUUGCAGAGUGUGUGGUCUGCAUGGAACAAAUGGUACAAGUGAUAUUUUUGCCAUGUGGUCAUAUGUGCUGCUGCUCCGGAUGCCAUGCAGAUAUUCAGGAUUGUCCAAUGUGCCGGGCAUAUAUUGAGAGGAAAAUCAAAGUCAUUCAGCCUUAAACCGAGCACUUGCACGUGGAUUCGGUGCCAUUUAAAAUAACAAAUUGUGAUCGUUCCACAUCCACGGCAAUAACGAAAUGGUGGAUGAGAAACAUGCAAAUUAAAUAUCAACGUGAGGUGCAUCUACAAAGAUACCAGGAAGAAGCGACAAGUUACACAAAACACACCUUAGUCAAAUUAAUAUCAAUUUUACCUUU